CUUUAGAUUUGGGAAGCUGCGUCUUUGAUUUUAGAGCCAUUUGCUAAAUUUAAUGUCAAAAUCAGUGCUUUAAUUAAAUGAAAAAGGUGAAAAAGAAAACUGUCUAAUCAAAGAGCAGAGAUGCAGAGCACUUCAAAUUACCUCUGGCUGUUGUCUGACAUUCUAGGACAGGGAGCUACUGCAAAUGUUUUCCGAGGGCGACAGAAGAAAACUGGGGAUUUGUAUGCUGUAAAAGUAUUUAACAGUAUAAGUUUCCUUCGUCCUGUGGAUGUUCAGAUGCGAGAGUUUGAAGUAUUGAAGAAACUAAAUCAUAAGAACAUUGUUAAACUAUUUGCCAUCGAAGAAGAGACAACGACUAGACACAAAGUACUAGUUAUGGAAUUUUGUCCCUGUGGGAGUUUGUACACAGUUUUAGAGGAGCCAUCUAAUGCCUUUGGUUUGCCAGAGUCUGAGUUCUUGAUUGUUUUGAGAGAUGUGGUGGCUGGAAUGAAUCAUCUCCGUGAGAAUGGAAUAGUGCACCGUGACAUCAAACCAGGCAAUAUAAUGCGUGUUAUAGGUGAAGAUGGUCAGUCUGUUUAUAAACUUACAGACUUUGGUGCUGCAAGAGAACUUGAAGAUGAUGAACAAUUUGUUUCUCUCUAUGGCACAGAAGAGUAUUUACAUCCUGAUAUGUAUGAGCGAGCAGUCUUGAGAAAAGAGCAUCAGAAAAAGUACGGAGCAACAGUUGAUCUGUGGAGCAUAGGGGUGACCUUUUACCAUGCUGCAACAGGGAGUUUGCCUUUCCGACCUUUUGAAGGACCUCGUAGAAACAAGGAAGUGAUGUAUAAAAUAAUCACUGGAAAACCUUCAGGAGCUAUUUCUGGAAUACAGAAAGCAGAAAAUGGACCAAUUGAGUGGAGUUGGGAGAUGCCUAUUUCUUGUAGUCUCUCAAAGGGUCUGCAAGUUCUCCUCACACCUGUCCUUGCGAAUAUUCUUGAAGCAGACCAGGAAAAAUGCUGGGGAUUUGACCAGUUUUUUGCAGAGACAAGUGACAUACUGCACCGAAUAAUAAUCCACAUAUUUUCGUUACAGCAGAUGACCUUGCACAAAGUUUAUAUUCACAACUAUAAUACAGCUGCUAUAUUUCAUGAAUUGGUCUACAAACAGACAAAAAUUCCAUCUCAGAAUCAAGAACUGAUAUAUGAAGGUCGGCGUUUAAUACUAGAGCCUGGCAGAUUGGCACAGCACUUCCCCAGAACAACUGAGGAGAAUCCUAUCUUUGUAUUGAGCAGGGAACCUGUCAACAUUGUUGGAUUAAUCUAUGAAGAAGUUUUACUUCCAAAAGUACAUCAACGUUAUGAUUUGGAUGGGGAUGCCAGUAUGGCUAAAUCCGUGACAGGUAUUGUAUGUUAUGCCUGUAGAGUUGCCAGUUCUUUGCUACUUUACCAGGAGCUGAUGCGAAAAGGAAUACGAUGGCUAAUUGAAGUAAUCAAGGAUGAUUACAACGAAAUGGCUCAUAAAAAGACAGAGGUUGUCAUCAGGCUGGAUUUCUGCAGCAGAAACAUUGAAAAAGCUGAGAAAAUAUAUGAGAAUUUGAUGCAGAUCAACUUGGAAGCAUCAGAAGUGGAUGAAAUUUCAGAGAUACACACAAAGCUGUUGCGUCUCUCCAGCUCUCAGGGCACAAUAGAAACUAGUCUUCAAGAUAUCAAAGCCAAACUCUCUCCUGGUGGUUUACUAGCUGAUGGCUGGGCAAAUCAGGAAGGCAUGCAUCCAAAAGACAGAAAUCCAGAAAGGCUGCAGGCGCUGCUAUCUUCCAUCACAGACAUUUAUUAUCAGUUCAAAAAAGACAAAGCAGAACGAAGGCUUCCCUAUAAUGAAGAACAAAUUCACAAGUUUGACAAGCAGAAGCUGUAUUUGCAUGCUACAAAAGCCAUAGCUCUUUUCAAAGAUGAAUGUGUCAGCAAGUAUGAUACGUUUUUGGACAAAGCUGAGGACUGGACAAGGAAAAUGCUUCACACAAGGAAACAGUUACUGGCUCUCACCAACCAGUGUUUUGGUAUUGAAGAAGAGGUGUCCAAAUACCAGGACUAUAUAAAUGAGUUACAAGAUGCUCUGCCACAGAAAAUGUUUGCAGCUUCCAGUGGGAUGAAACAUACAAUAAAUACAGUCUAUCCAAGCUCAAACACAUUAGUGGAAAUGACCCUUGGUAUGAAGAAACUAAAGGAGGAGGUGGAAGGUGUUGUUAAAGAGCUGGCUGAGAACAAUCACAUUUUGGAAAGAUUUGGUGCUUUGACUACGGAUGGUGGCCUGCGGAACGUGGACUGUAUCUAGCUUUCAAAGGACCGGAAGAGGACUUGUAAAUUUUUUCAAAGGGAAAAAAGUACUGUUGGGACAUUUAAAGGCAGAUAAUAAAUCUGUAUCUAGGGUUUUUUCCUUCGACAACUGUAAUAUUAAAAAAAAUGUAAAUAUGUAUAAGAUGUAAAUAUAAAAGAAAUAUAUAUCUUUUCUUGGUCACUUUUAGGAUAGAAUUACUUCUGGCAGGGAAUUGAGCCCCUUGGAGGAUUUCUGAGAAAAUCCUAAAGGAAAAGGUGUUGUUGAUGAAAUUGACCUUUGUCUGCUUUGAAUAUUGCCUUUUUUUUCAGAAUGCAGUUUGGUCUUCGCUGCAAGAGGACUUGGAGAACUCCAGAACACCCUUGUAUAAAAGGUGUUUUAGAUUUCCUUUAACAACUACUAGUCUAGCUGAAUGAUUUUGAUCAUCACAGAACAUGACAAAUGUUUUAAAUGAGAUGUUUUUAAAUGAGUGUGAGAAUAGGGACUAAAAGCGCAUAGGACAGAGCGGAAAUGCAUUUCUCUUUCCGUCACAUCUAAACUGUUAGUUCACUUCUACUUGAGAAAGAAAACUCAAAAUAUUUUUUUAAGCUCUCUCCAUAUUUAGUGCCAUGUUGUCUGUAAUCAUUUGACUGCUCUCUAUAUGGAAGUUUUGCAGUCCAGCAUGUCAGACUGAAUGUCAAAAUUCCUUUUUUGGAGUACAGCACUUUAAGAAUUUCCCUGUAAUCUUAUUGCUCACCACAAGAGAAGCGGGUUCUUAAAAUAGCUUUUUCAGGAUCUUGUUUGCAGGUAUAAUUUUUAAAAAAAGGUUAAAAAUUUAUAGGAGGAGAAUUUGUGGGUAGUCAGUAGACUGGAUAGCAUCAUGCUUCAGUAGUAACUGAAAAUUGGAAAAAUAAAUUACUGGUCUAGAUCUUGAAAAGGGAUCACCCCCACUGCUGAGUUAUGACUGAGAUAUCAAACUCAGAUGGAAAAUUUAGUAAGACUCUAUAUUUAUUUUCCAGCAUGAGUAGUUAGUACUUUCAGUAUCAGGAACAGUGUGGCCAACACAAUCCAGGGAAGUGAUCCUUCCCCUGUACUCAAUGCUGGUGAGGCCACACCUGGAGUACUGUGUCCAGUUCUGGGC